GGGGCCGCGGCGGGCCCCGCUCGCCCAAGCUGGCGGCCCCGGCGCGCAUGGAGGAGCCCGCGCCCGGCGCCAUCGUGGUGCGCAUCGGCAUCCCCGACCUGCAGCAGACGAAGUGUCUGCGGCUGAACCCCGACGUGCCGGUGUGGGUGUCCAAGCAGCGCAUCCUGUGCACGCUCAACCACAGCCUCAAGGAUGUGCUCAACUACGGCCUCUUCCAGCCCGCCUUCAACGGCCGCGCCGGCAAGUUCCUGGACGAGGAGCGGCUGCUGCGGGAGUACCCGCUGAACCCCGACACGCCCGUGCCCUACCUGGAGUUCCGCUACAAGCGCCGCGUGUAUUCCCAGCCCCUGCUGGAUGACAAGCAGUUCGCCAAGCUGCACACCAAGGCGAACCUGAAGAAAUUCAUGGAAUACGUGCAGAUGCUGAACUCGGAGAAGGUUUGCCGGCUGCUGGAAAAGGGGCUGGAUCCCAACUUCCAUGAUCCCGACACCGGAGAGUGCCCGCUGACGGCGGCAGCGCAGCUGGAGCUCAGCGCCGAGAUGAUCAAGGCGCUCCGGAACGGUGGAGCCCACCUGGAUUUCCGCACCCGCGAGGGAAUGACGGCGCUGCACAAAGCCGUGAGGUGCCGGAAUCACGCGGCCCUGCUGACGCUGCUGGAUCUGGGAGCAUCCCCGGAUUACAAGGACAGCCGGGGGCUGACCCCGCUGUACCACAGUGCCAUGGUCGGGGGGGACCCCUACUGCUGCGAGCUGCUGCUGCACGACUACGCCCGCCUGGGCUGCGUGGACGAGAACGGCUGGCAGGAGAUCCACCAGGCCUGCCGCUACGGGCACGUGCAGCACCUGGAGCACCUCCUGUUCUACGGAGCCGACAUGACGGCGCAGAACGCCUCAGGAAACACCGCCCUGCACAUCUGCGCCCUCUACAACCAGGAAAGCUGUGCCAGGGUUCUCCUCUUCCGAGGCGCCAGCAAGGAAAUCCGGAAUUACAACAGCCAGACGGCGUUCCAGGUGGCUAUCAUUGCAGGGAAUUUUGAGCUGGCGGAAAUCAUCAAAACCCACAAAGAGUCCGAUGUUGUGCCUUUCCGAGAAACUCCCAGCUACACCAAGCGCCGCCGGCUCCUCGGCUCUGGCGGGCUGGCGUCGCCGCGCGUCCUCCAGCGCUCGGCCAGCGACAACAACCUGAAGGCCGAGAGCCGCGCCUCGUACUCGCCGGUGCCGUCCCUGCGGAGCCUCCCGCCCCAGCUCCUGGUCCAGAUGCAGGAAGCGCGGGAUCGGGAUCGGGAGCGGGAUCGGUCCCGGGAUGGCUGUGGCACGCCCGCGGGGCGCGGCGGGGCGAGCCGCGAGCUGCCGGGCAUCAGCACCGUAACCUACGUGUUCGUUUACAGCCCCGCCGGCCCCGCCGGGCCCCCGCCGGCCCCGGCGCAGCCCGCGCCCCACGCCGCGCCCGCCCCGCUGCGCGGGCCCAAGCGGAAGCUUUACAGCGCCGUGCCCGGCCGCAAGUUCAUCGUGGUGAAGAGCUACGCGCCGCAGGGCGAUGGCGAGAUCCAGCUCAACCGCGGCGAGGCCGUCAAGGUGCUGAGCAUCGGCGAGGGCGGAUUCUGGGAAGGCUCCGUGAAGGGCAGGAGCGGCUGGUUCCCGGCGGAAUGCGUGGAGGAGGUGCAGAUGCGCCAGUACGACUCCAGGCAAGAAACCAGGGAAGACCGGACCAAGCGGCUUUUCCGGCACUACACCGUCGGAUCCUACGACAACUUCACCUCCCACAGUGACUACAUCAUCGAGGAGAAGACGGCCGUGCUGCAGAAGCGGGAGCAUGAGGGCUUCGGCUUCGUCCUGCGCGGGGCCAAAGCCGAGACCCCGAUCGAGGAGUUCACGCCCACGCCGGCAUUCCCAGCACUGCAGUACCUGGAAUCCGUGGAUGUGGAAGGAGUCGCCUGGAGAGCGGGAUGGCGCACGGGGGACUUUCUGAUCGAGGUGAACGGAGUGAACGUGGUGAAGGUGGGGCACAAGCAGGUGGUGGCGCUGAUCCGGCAGGGCGGGAAUCACCUCCUGAUGAAAGUCGUGUCCGUCAGCCGCAAGCCCGACUCCGAGGAGGGAUCCCGCAAAAAGGCCCCGCCGCCGCCCAAGAGAGCGCCCAGCACCACCCUCACGCUGCGCUCCAAGUCCAUGACGGCCGAGCUGGAGGAGCUGGCCUCCAUGCGGAGAAGGAAAGGGGAGAAGCUGGAUGAGAUCCUGGCGGCCGCGGAGCCGGCGCUGCGGGCGGAGCUGGUGGAGGCCGAUUCCAGGGCGGCCACGGUGAAACAGCGCCCGACCAGCCGGAGGAUCACCCCUGCGGAGAUCAGUUCCCUGUUUGAGCGCCAGGGAAUGGCACAUCCCGGGGUCCUGGCGGGAACGGAGAAGCCCCACGUGUCCCUCCGGAAGGGAAUUCCACGGACCAAGUCAGUAGGGGAAGACGAGAAACUGGCGGCGUCCUUGCUGGACGGGAAGUUCCCGCGGAGCACCUCCAUGACGGACACGGUCCGGGAAGGCCACGGGAUCCCCCCUCCCCCGCAGACCGCCCCUCCCCCGCCCCCCUCCCCCUAUUACUCCGACACCGGCCCCCCUCCGUCCUUCUCGCCCCCGCCCCCACCGGGCCGGGCCUACGACACCAUCAGGUCCAGCUUUAAGCCGGGCUUAGAGGCCAAACUGCACGGGCUGCCGCAGGUGCUGAGCGCGGCCGAGAUGUACGACCAGGCCCGGGGCUCCAUGCCCUACCCCGAGCGGCAGAAGAGGGCCCGCUCCAUGAUAAUCCUCCAGGAUUCCUCCCACCUCCCCGUGGAACCCACCGAGAUCCCGCGGCCCGGCCCGGCGGUGACGCCCCCGGAGAAGCUCAAGAGGAAGGGCCGGGUCAUCGACAACCCCUACGCCAACAUGGGCCAGUUCAACGUGAGCCUCUUCGCCCCCACCAAGCCGCAGAGGAAGAAGAGCCCCCUGGUCAAGCAGCUCCAGGUGGAGGACGCCCAGGAGCGGGCGGCCUUGGCCAUCACCGGCGGCUACUCCUCCCGGGAGCCGUCCCCCAAGCGCCGGAGCCACCGCCUGGACUACCAGCACCACCCCGGCAUCGCUCAGGUGGAAGCCGCUGGCCUCCCCUUCGCCACCGCCAUCGCCACCGGCGUCAUGAAGGACCGGGACCGGCGGCUGGACGAGAGGAGGAAAUCCACGGUGUUCCUGUCGGUGGGAGCCAUCGAGGGGCCGGCGCCGGGCGGCAGCGAGAUGCCGUCACUGCAGCAGUCGCGCUCCAUCGACGAGCGGCUCCUGGGCAGCCGGGACGUCCUCCUGCCAUCCCCCGUGUCAGCUUUAAAGCCAUUAAUCAGCAGCUCCUCCUCGACCUUCAUCCACCCCCUGACGGGAAAGCCCCUGGAUCCCAACUCGCCCCUGGCGCUGGCGCUGGCCGCAAGGGAACGGGCGCUGUCCACUCAAGUCUCAUCCCGGUCGCCCACCCCGAUCCACAGCCCCGACUCGGACAGAGCCGCGCCCCUGUUUGUGGACAUCCAAACCAAAGAACCGGACAGGGGGGACCUGGAGAGCUUGGUGUCCCCCGCCUACUCCCCCGGAGGGAAGGCGGUGAUGGCGGCCGACGCCGGCGCUCUGACCCCCACCAAGAGCCCCUGGGGGACUCCGACCACCCUGCGGAAGGAGCCCGAGGUGCGAGCGGAGACGCCGGGCAAGGAGGAGAAGAAACCCGAGGACAAGAAGUCCAUGAUCAUCAGCAUCGUGGACACGUCGCAGCAGAAGACCGCCGGCCUCAUCAUGGUCCACGCCACCAGUAAUGGUCAAGACGAGAUAGGCCUGGAGAUCAAAGAGGAGAGCCCGGCCGUGCCCGACGUCUGCGCCGAGCCGGCCGAGUCCCCCAAGGCCGAGCCCCAGCCCAGCCCCGUGGGGAAGCCGCCGGCCAGCCCGGCCUCGGAGAAGGCGCUGGGCCAGGGCAGCUCGGAGGAGGAGGUGGAGCCCUACACGGUGACCCUCCCGCCCGCCCAGCUGUCCUCCAGCGACGAGGAGACCCGCGAGGAGCUGGCCAAGAUCGGGCUGGUGCCGCCCCCGGACGAAUUCGCCAACGGGGUGCUCGUGACCACCCCCGGCACCCCCGUGAGCCACCUGGCUGCGCCCAGCACACCGUCCCUGCCAGCGGCAGCAGUAGCACCUUCUCCCCCCGGCGCAACACCCUCAGGGAAGCCCUCGGACGCCCCCGCGGCCCCGGAGUCGGCAGCGGACUCGGGAGUGGAAGAGGUGGACACCAGGAGCUCCAGCGACCACCACCUGGAGACCACGAGCACCAUCUCCACGGUCUCCAGCAUGUCCACGCUGUCCUCGGAGAGCGGCGAGCCCACCGACACCUACACGUCCUUCGCCGACGGCCAAACUUUUCUACUCGAGAAGCCACCAGUGCCUCCAAAGCCCAAACUCAAGUCCCAGCUCAGCAAGGGGCCGGUUACUUUCAGGGACCCACUUUUGAAGCAGUCUUCGGACAGCGAGCUCAUCUCCCAGCACCACGCGGCCACGCUGGCGGCCACCAGCGCGGCCCGGCCACGCUACCUCUUUCAGAGAAGGUCCAAGCUAUGGGGGGACCCCAUGGAGAGCAGGCCCGGCCACGGGGCCGAAGAGGACAAACCAACUGUGAUCAGCGAGCUGAGCUCCCGCCUCCAGCAGCUCAACAAGGACACGCGCUCCUUGGGCGAGGAACCGGCCGGCUCCACCCUGGAUCCCGGCAAGAAGUCGCCGGUGGUGGCCGCACGACUUUUCAGUAGUUUAGGAGAACUCAGCACCAUUUCCCAGCGCAGCUCCGGCACCACCUUCACCGUGCGGCCCGGCAGCCGCUACCCCGUCACCCGCCGCACGCCCAGCCCCGUCAAACCCGCGGCGCUGGAGCGCCCCGAGCCCCUCAGCACCGUCCGGCCCUACGGCCUGACGCCCCCCACCAUCCUCAAAUCCUCCAGCCUCUCCAUCCCCCACGAGCCCAAGGAAGUCCGCUUCGUGGUGCGCAGCGUCAGCGCCCGCAGCCGCUCCCCGUCGCCGUCGCCGUCGCCGGGGCGCCGCUACACGCUGCACCCGCCGCGGCCCUUCAUGCAGAAGCCGCUGCACCUGUGGAACAAGUACGACGUGGGGGACUGGCUGGAGAGCAUCAACCUGGUGGAGCACCGGGACAAGUUCGAGGACCACGAGAUCGAGGGCACGCACCUGCCCGCCCUGACCAAGGAGGACUUCGUGGAGUUGGGGGUGACCCGCGUGGGGCACCGCAUGAACAUCGAGCGGGCGCUCAAGCAGCUGGUGGACAGCUGACCGCGCCCGGAGCCGCCGUGGGAAGGGCGGGGCGGAUUUCCCAAGCCAAGAAAACCCACUCGGAUUCUCCUUCUCCUCCUCCGAGAGCUGCACUGAGGGCGCGGGGCCGCCCCCGGCUCCCGCCCGCUCCCGGCCCGGCCCCGCGCCGCCGCCUCCGGCCCAGGAAUGUUGCAUGAAAUUCCUCCUCGUUCCCCUUCUCCCGGAGAGGCUGGCCUGUAAAUCGCUCCGUGUGCCCCGCCCGGGUGGCACCGGCCACACGCGGGGACGCGCCGCGGUGGUGGCACCUCGGCGGCGACACGGCCCGGAGCCCCCGAGCUGCCAGAGCAGGCGGGUGGCACCUGCGGGGGUGGCACCUCCCGGGUGGCCCUGCCACGCUCAGAGGUGGCCCGAGAUCCUGACAAGUCCCAGGUGUCCCUGCCGGGAGGUGGCCCCGGGUCCUGACACCCCCCAGGUGUCCCCGGCAGGGUCAGAGGUGGCCCCGGGUCCUGACACCCACCAGGUGUCCCCGACAGAGUCACAGUUGUCCCUGCCAGGCUUGGAGGUGCCCCAAGGUCCUGACCCCCCCAUCCCCCAGGUGUCCCUACCAGGGGGUGGCACCAGGUCCUGAACCCCUCCAAAUGUCCCCGGCGGGGUCACAAUUGUCCCUGUCAGGGGAUGGCCCCAGGUCCUGCCCCCUCCCCAGGGUGUCCCUAUCGGGGGGUGGCCCUGGGUCCUGGACCCUCCCAAGUGUCCCCUGCCAGGGGGUGGCCCCGGGUCCCCCUCAGGUGUCCGUGGGUCCUGAAUCCCCUCAGGUGUCCUGGUCAGGAGGUGGCCCCAGGUCCCCCCCAGGUGUCCCUACCGGGGGUGGCCCUGGGUCCUGAACCCCCUCGGAUGUCCCUGUCCGGGGGUGGCCCAGGGUCCCCCCCAGGUGUCCCCAUCGGGCUCGGAGGCGGCGGCUCCAGCGGGGCCAUCCCGGCGGCGCUCCCGGAGAGAGGAAGGAAGGAAAGGAGGAAGGAAGGAAAGGAGGAAGGAAGGAAGGAAAGGAGGAAGGAAGGAAAGGAGGAAGGGCCGGGAAGGCUCCAGCGGCACCCGUGCCACCCCGAGCCGUGCCAGGCCGUGCCAGAAGAGCCCCCCCAGCCAGGCGGACCCCCCCGGACUCUGAGCUGCUGCCCCGGCCGGGUGAGAGGGAGCGAGGAGCGCAUGGAUCGAAGCAUGUUCGGGAAUGUCGGGAGGCUGGGGGGGGACGAAUCCCGCAGGAAAAAAAAAACCGAAAAA